AUGCCCAGCCAACACCGACUAACAGCAAAUAACAUAACUCUACUCCUUCAACACUACAGUGUGCACAAUUGUCACAACGAACAUGUGGUGCAGGUGAUACGUUCUCAUGUCAAGCAUAACGUCGAUAGCUUUUCCCUCAUCCGACUAUGUGUGUACGUAAAUUAUUUUAUAAAUUUGAAAGUGAAAGGAGAAGACAAAAGUUUUAAUUACGUUAUCACAAAUUCUAUUAUAAAGAAAAUUAAGAAUGAUGAAUUUGUAGACCCCUACGGUCUUUGCUUAAUCGCUAAGUUUGUCCUGAGGGAGAGGAUUAAAAAUGGAGACCUCCUUUCCUUGCUGGUAUCUCUGGUACGCAGCAAAUUGGAUGCAACAUCUAGUCCAUUCGAUGUUUACAAUUUGGUCAUUUCUCUUCUUACCAUUCAGAGCGAGGGUCUGUUGCGUGGGGGGGGAGGCGACGUGACCACGCAAGGCAACACACAAGAUGCUACUCACAAGGUUGCGUACCCCCCAGAUGGAGUGACCCAGCUGAACGAACAAAACGUGCACACACUUCUCCAUCUCUACCUCAAGGCAGAAAAAGUAAAAAAUGAAGAACUCAUCCUCAUUAUUAACACGUUGAGCAGCAUGGACAGAACGGCCUUCUUUUACCACAUGAAUUUAACACACGACCAGAGGGUACAACUUUAUGAGGCUCUCUUAAGACGAGUAAAUUUCGAGGAGAGGUUCAACGGGAAGGUACUUGCGCUGUGCCUAUUUAAUUUACAAAGGAUGAUUAAAUUGGGGGAGAUAUCGCAAGCGUUUUUUUCCUUCACUGUGAUGAACUUGGGUGCGGCCUUCAGGGAGGCUACCACGGCGACGAAGUUGCACGCGAGAAAGAACAUGCAGCUGGUCCCCAACGGAGUAGAAGCUCCAACGGGGGGUGCUUCGUAUGCUACGGGUGCUGCAAAGGCUGCAGAUGCUACGAGUGGUGUACCCCGCUUCAGGACCCAUUUUAACUUGCAAGAGAUCGGCAUGGUGCUACAAUUUUAUGACGCCCUAGUGGGGGUCUCCCAGGGGAAGAGGGGCAACACGGGGAAGCUGUACGAGCCGUCUGUACACCUGCUGAAGGAAAGUCUCCUCUUUUACGCCCAAGCGAGUUACGAAAAAAAGGUCAAAAUGAACACCCUCGAUUUCUGCACCCUCCUCAAGGGAUUCUCAACAGUGUUCAAAAACACCUUCCUAGAUCGAAACAUCCUGCCCCUUUUUCAAAACUUUUUAAAAUUUAAUGAAAAGAGAAUUAAAAUAAAUGAGUUGCAAAUAAUUAUAAAGUACAUAUUGGAAAAAAAAAAAAAAUUGGACUUCUUCCUCGUCCUCUGUGGUAGUAGGAAGUGCUCCAUUUUCGAUCAUCUGCAAAGUGUCCUCUUGAGAAGUGUCCUCAGCGAAUCACCCAAGUGGUGGAAUAAGGAAAGGGUAGAAGCAUGCAUCAUGUGCUUCUACUACAUGUCCUUCUUAAACUUCAACCCUAACACAUACCUGGUUGUGAAUCAAUUUGUUAUGGAUCUCGUAACAAGCAGCAGCGCCGUCGCAUUUGUGCCCUACGUCCUUAUGAGCAAAUUUAACUACCACGCGUUGGAGGUCAGGGGGGGGGAAGCAGCUACAGCGGCACAACCAGUUAGCGCCGCAGCAGCAGUGACGACAAGCACGGGCGAUGAUCAACUUGGCCAAAAGAAGCAAGUCACAAACGACCUGGACAAAAUGGAUAAAUUAUAUCAGCUAAUAAAUAUACACUUCGAAAAGUACAAAACCUUUUUUGUGCUAAACUGUAUUUAUGCGCUUACGAAGUUUCUAAAGGAUAACAGGAGGACAAGUGGCUUCCCACCCUUUUCAAAUUUUCUCCUCCCAGAGUUAUUCAACAAGUUGAGCGAUCGCCUGUUCAUGCACAAUGGGUUGGGGCAGCAGACAGAGGGAAACCACAUUCCUACCCAUUAUGAUUACUUCAUCAAUUAUGUUAAGUACAAUUACUGCCUACUAUUUCUUUGUCACUAUAUCGAUUUGAGUAUCUUUCUUCAGAGGGUUCCCCUAGGGGUUGAAUUUCCAUUUGCCUUUUACACCCCUUUUAAUGCGUACCUCACAGCGGAGUUUUUAUCCGACUACGAGCGGUUUGUCAGAAGGGGCCAUUUUGCCAUCCCUCGGGGGUCCUCAGAAGAGAAGAACGAAGGAACCGGGCCAGUUGCUUCCAAUACUUCACCUGCGUUGACGCGAGAGGUGAUGAAGUCGAGGUGGACAAAAAUCCACAUGGAAAAAAAAAAAAUGUUGAAAAACGUAACCAAGUAUGCAAAUGCAUACUGCAACGUGAUGAGCGUGCACGACCUUAUACACUUGAUCAAGACAUUCAAAGUGGUAGCCUCCUUAAUAAGCAGUGGCGAUCUGUCUACCCUGCACACAUGCAUUUCAAAAUUUAUUUUAAACAGAAACGUUAAGACGAGCACCAGUUUCGAGCUCCUAACAGAAUUGAUCAAAUUUAUGUACCACUUUGAAUUGCAAAACGGGGAAGUGUUUGUCGAAUGCCACGACACGAUAGUGGACAUAUUGAUAUGCACAUUCAGAAUUGUUUUUAAAAAUUUACCUGACCGUGCAGACAAUAAUUACCUCGGCAUGCUCCAAUUUUCCCUCCUGUAUGUGUCUCACUUUGUGCGAGGAGCAAAUUUGAUUUUCAAUUCGUUAUCCCUCACCGAUUUGAAACGGGCGGAUUACUUAACCAGCGUGUCACCGAUGAACUUGGACAAGUACCCCCAGUCGUCGUGCACAUUUCAGCUACAAAUUUUAAAAGUCCUUAAAGGCGUUGUCAAAAAUGAACGGAGGCUACUAAAUGAAUAUCGCGUCGGCGACACACCGUACACGGUUGACAUUCUUAUAACGUAA